GCCCUGCAGGCUGGCAGGUCCCUGGCCCCAAGAUGGCGGCGCCCAGCGCAGUGGCUGCUGCCACCUCCAGCGAGAGAGAUGGAGGGGGCAGCGGCUUUGAAUCGUGGCUAGAUGGACGGUUGGAGGCGCUGGGAGUGGACCGAGCCGUUUAUGGCUCCUACAUCUUGGGUGUCUUGCAGGAGGAGGAGGAAGAAGAGAAGCUGGAUGCUCUGCAGGGUAUUCUCUCUGCUUUCCUGGAAGAAGAUUCCCUCCUUAUUAUCUGCAAGGAGAUUGUGGAACGAUGGUCAGAAACUCAGAAUGUUGUCACCAAAGUGAAAAAAGAAGAUGAAGUCCAGGCCAUUGCCACCCUCAUUGAGAAGCAGGCGCAGAUCGUGGUGAAGCCCAGAAUGGUGUCAGAAGAGGAGAAGCAGAGAAAAGCUGCCCUCCUGGCCCAGUAUGCUGAUGUGACAGAUGAAGAGGACGAAGCCGAUGAGAAGGAUGACUCGGGCGCCACCACGAUGAGCAUUGGUUCUGACAAAUGUAUCCUUCUCUGUGUGCAUCUCCAGGUGUUGCUCCAUAGGAUCUUCUUGUGGCUCUGUUCCGAAACACCAAUGUGGAAGAUGUCCUCAAUGCCCGAAAACUGGAGCGAGACACGCUUCGGGAUGAGUCCCAGAGGAAGAAGGAGCAGGACAAGCUGCAGAGGGAGAGAGACAAACUAGCCAAGCAGGAACGCAAGGAAAAGGAAAAGAAAAGGACACAAAGAGGGGAGCGAAAGCGAUAACCUUGGUCCACUCUAUUUCUCCUAAUGAACUUGGUCAAAGGGAGACCUGGUUGUGCAUUUGUGUAUUUAAGAGAAAUGAGAGAACAUUGCCAGGUAGUUUCCCAAGGCAUUUCCCCUUUUGUUUACAUGGUCACAAGGAAAAUCGCAAACAAUUCUAAUUACAAAAUGUGCCAUGUCUCUGUGGUGUGGGUAAUCGGAUUACUGUAGCUAAUGUCUGAACCAAAGAUCUGGGAUGGGGACAGCCUUUAUAUUUUAAUACUGAAGUCCUGUACUCCUUUUGACCAUUUUAAAAAGUCUUCCCUUACCUUGGAUAAACAGCAGGAAUAUUCAGAAAGCUGAAUUUUUGUCCUGAAGGAGCUGAAUCAUGACCACUCCUUCCCUGAGAUGAAUUAUGUGUGUGUGUUAGUUGCUUAGUCGUGUCCGACUCUUUGCAACCCCAUAGAUGGCAGCCCACCAGGCCCCUCCAUCCAUGGGACUCUCCAGAUGAAUUGUAGGAGUGUCAAUUGCUUCAGAAGUAUUAUUCACAUCUAAAUAAAUGGUUUUAGGGCUGAACUAGGAAGCUAAUGAAGACCCCUACCCGGAUCCAGACUUUUAUGUUACAUGGUGACAAAAUAGGAAAAUAAGAAAAGGUUAUUUGGUGGAUGUUCUGCAUUUGAGAUUUUUUUUUUUUUAAGUUUCAGCCUAUGAUAGGAAACAAAGUUUCUUUUAGUAAGAGAUAGUUAUAUAUUUUUCCUCAUCUAGGCUGUGAUUUUAAGAAGGAUGUGUCAGUAUUGAGUGCAGGGAAUCAUCAUUAGCUAGAUUCUUUUUUUAUAAUCAUGAACUCUCUUGAGUGCUAGUAGAGAUUUUAACCCUGAUCUGCCCUAACACAUACAAGGACCUGAUAAUUACAGGUUUAGAAAAACCCUUUUAAGGAAAAACACUGAAAAUCUCUGCUAACACAGAGAUAUUUAAGAGUGUACAUAGUAGGUGCUCAACAAAUUUACUGAAUGAGUGAGUGAGUGGAGAAACUGCUUGAGAGAGUUGAAAGUGAGUAGGAACUCUCCUCCAUUUCCACUUUUGUGACAAACCACAUUUGGUUAUAAGUAGCCCUUUCUCUACUUCAGGAAGCAGACCGUCAAGAAGCCUGAAGAGAGAGCACUUUCUCUGUCAAGACAGAAAGUAGAUACAUUAUACCAGGGGCGGGCAAACUACUGCCAAAUUCGGUCAUUUGUUUUUGUAUGGUUCGAGCUAACAAUGGAUUGUACAUUUUUAAAGGGUUGUAAAAGAAAGAACAUGUGACAGAGACCUUAUGUGACCUAUAAAGCGUAAAAUACUUACUACCUGGCCCUUCAGAGAAAAUGUCUGCUGACCUCUGUUUUAUACCAUUAAUUAUGAGAUUAACAAAAAAAUGUUUACCGCUCCACAGAAGGUAAAAAACAUGGUUAAGGAAAUGAUGUGUCACCUGUAUACACUCCUAUAGCCAUGUCAUUGUAAAAUUUUUUAAAAAAAUAACCACCUUUUUAAAAAAUAAACUAUUUAAAUCAG